GGCAGCACCAUCCUUUUAGUUUUCCUGCCCAGAAGCCUGCCUGACUGUCCUUGAACCUCCAAGGUCAAAGUGCCACACUGCUUUCCAUCAGGGUUUUCUUCUUUUUGCUCCUCACCCGUCAGGCGUCCAUUCCUUUUCGUGAUUCCCUCCUCCCACACACAGCCACUCUCUAUGCACAUGUAGGAUCUAUCUACAUUCUUCUUGCUCUCUCCCAACGGUCAAGCAUCGGAUCUGCAUCCGAAGAAGCAGUCAUUCUUUGACCUCAGAGCUGCCGUUUCCUCUCGCCCCGUCUCCUGUCCAUACUCGCGUCCAUACUCGCAGAUCCGUACGACAGAAGCCCCUUCAAAUCUCCAGCAACAUAUCUUGGGCCCUUCUGGUCUGUCUCUGUCCCGACUUCCCCACACCGGGUGGAGGGACCCCAUCCAUCAUCUUGUCCCGGCAUCCACUGACUGGAUCGGUGCCGGUGGAGGAGCUCCCUUAUGUCAAUCGCCGCCGCACCCUGCCAAGCCUCCUGCUCACAGAACUUGAACUUGCCAGCUUGUCAGCUGCCACGCCUUGUACUGUGGUGAAGACUAUUAAGCCUGCCUGCCGUUGGUACACACCUCGCUUGCAAUCUUGUCCCUGCGAUGAGAGCAGCCUGAGCCGGCACCAACCCGUUCACACUGGUCCCAUCCUCUCACGGGGUGAAGUCGACACUCUCUGGUCCAGCCAAGCCUGACCCACUCACUCACUUGGACCCUCACCCAGAUCUCGGUUCAGAUCGAGGUAAUGCAAUUCUCCAGCCAGAUGCCCGCCGUUCUCAUCGGCAUCCUCGCCGUCGGAGCCGGCCUCGUGACGGCCAAGGUGCGCACUCAGCCAUAUGUCACCGAUUACGAGGCCUUUAAUCUGGGCGACUAUGGCAGCCAUCCCAAUCAGACGUUCAAGACGACAACAGCGGCCGCCCCGCUAUUCCAGGUCAACCAGUGGUACCCUGAGAAGUCCGGCCUGAGCAAAUACCUCUUCAUGUCGUCGGUUGCUGGCUCGCAACCAGCCACGCCAUUCAUUAUCGAUACAACGGACUUCAGCAUGGUCUAUGGCGACCCACAGUGGUCGUCCGUCAACAAUCCGAGGAUACAGAUGUUCAACGACAAACCAUAUUUUACCUUCUGGGAGGGCAACGACUACCGGGGGCAUGGCUUGGGUUACUGCUUGCUGUACGACGAGGCGUACCAACAAAUUCACAACAUCUCAACCAAAAUGAUCAGCACCAAGGCUGAUUCCCACGAGUGCCAACUGACACAUGACGGCACUGCCCUCAUCACGGCCUACGAGAGGAUUCCUUUCGACAUGACCAAUGCACCAGGUGGGGGCCCUGAAGACGGAUGGCUCCUGGACAGCAUAUUCGAGGAAAUCGACAUUGUAACAGGCGAGCUCAAGUUCCUGUGGCGUGCCAGCCAUCACUUUGACAUUAACGAGACUGCCGUCAACUGGGGCCCCGGUGACUACGGCGCACAAACAGAGGAGGUCGGCUGGGAUUUCUUCCACAUCAACAGCCUGCAGAAGACAAAGGAAGGCAACUUCCUGGUGUCUGGGCGUCGCAUCAAAUCACUCGUCUACAUCAGCGGCAAGGAUGGAUCCGUGAUUUGGCAGCUUGGUGGGGCCAACAACCAGUUCGAGGACCUGAGCGGUGGAAAUGCCACCAACUUCGGUUUUCAGCAUACCGCACGAUUCCUGAAUGACGAGAUGACCGAGAUUACCCUGUUUGACAAUCAUGACCUUGAGCCAAGCAACCCCUCGCCCGGAUGCAUCGAGGGCACCUGUUCCAGGGGUCUUCACCUGCGAAUCGACACCGAUAACAUGACCGCUGAGGUUUUGCACGAGUAUUACCAUCCGAUGGGUAUUGCUUCUUGGGCGAUGGGCGGUAUUCAGAAGCUCGAUAAUGGCAACGUCCUCGUGAGCUGGGGCACGACACCAGUCAUCACUGAGUAUACGGAAGAUGGCGAGAUUGUCCUGGAUGCGAUGCUGGGUCCAUGGUUCGAUCAUUCUACCAACAGCCAACCAGUGUAUCGCGCGUGGACGAUGGACUGGAAGGCCAGCCCCAUAUGGAAGCCGAGCAUCGCGGGUGACGAGAACUAUGCAUACAUAAGCUGGAACGGAGCCACAGAGGUGCACUCUUGGGAUCUCAUGGAGGGCAAUACCAAGGAGAACCUCACUUUCACACAAAAUGUGAAAAGACGUGGGUACGAGACGACCGCGCCUCUGAGGUUUAGCGGAAACUUCCUCGCCGCGAAUGCCCUGGACGCCAAUGGCAAUGUGCUAGCAACCUCAGACGUCUGGGAUUUGGCCCUUGGAGCAGUUCACGAAGCUGGAGCUGUAGGCUACUGCAAGUUUGGCUGUGGCUAUCUCGACGACUUCGAUCACAUACUCGUGCUUCUCACGGCCUUCACCGGAGUUCUCCUUGUUGUCAUGUGGCUAGCCCGGUCCCGAAAGCUCUAAUGUGGACGCUCUAUCGUGGCUAUCCGCCAUAUCAGAGUCUACAAUGACUGCUGCGUCGCAUAGCAUCUGGGCGUUGUGGGACAUUGAAAUUUAUUACACAUCUGCGCGCGAGGUCUUUCCGGUGAUAAUCCAUUUCCAUUGGCGUUGAGGAAGAGAGGAUGAUCAAGAACCAUGGGGCUCAGAAUCUGUCUGUCAGAAAGUUUUGCAUAUCCGCCAGGCAUCAAGCGGAAAGGAGUUCAAGGCUUCAAUUCUGGGAGGCGUUCGGGAGAAGCAUUGCAUGCAACAGGGGUGGAAACUUUGACCACCUAUAUAUAGCGUGCUCUACCAUACUAUUCUUUCGUGUUCAUAAUCUAUUCGAGAUCACCUUCA